CAUUGUCAUCCUGAUGCAAUAAACCAUGAAAAAAAGAGAAGGUGACUUUAAUAUCAGUGGGCCAUUUUGGAUAUGAUCUGCAUGCAAAAAAGACAGAGCGUUUGAGUGUUCUUGGAAAAUCAGAUGCUCCAAAGCCCCUAGAGCCCAAUCGCUGCUAUGAAAGCAGAGGAACAGUAGCUACCACCCCAUUGGCCGGGGGACUUGCUCAGAUGUCUGGCUUUCACAUAAAAGACAAGAAGCACUGAAGUCAGUCUCCACUUCCACGCAAAGGGUGAAAGCAAAAACAGCAAUAAAAGGAAGAUGGCAAGACUGCUGUUUCUUUUCCUCCCAGGUCUUGUGGCCAUAUGUGCUGUGCAUGGAAUAUUUAUGGACAGACUUGCUUCCAAGAAGCUGUGUGCAGAUGACGAGUGUGUCUAUACUAUUUCUCUGGCCAGAGCUCAAGAAGAUUACAAUGCCCCAGACUGUAGAUUCAUUAACGUUAAAAAAGGGCAGUGGAUCUAUGUUUACUUAAAGCUGGUGAAAGAAAAUGGAACUGGAGAAUUUUGGGCUGGCAGUGUUUAUGGUGAUGAAGAUGAGGACGACAUGGGAACUGUGGGUUAUUUCCCCAGCAACUUGGUCCAGGAGGAACAUGUGUACCAAGAAGCUACCAAGGAAGUUUCCACCACGGAUAUUGACUUCUUCUGCGAGUAAGAAGUUAAGUCAAAUCUGCACAUAGAAAGGAAACACCAAAAAUAAAG